UCGUGUUCCCAGAGCUGUGGAAGUGUGCGCCACAGCAGAGCAGAGCAGGGCAGGUUCAGCAGCGUCAGGCAGCAUCUGUCACCAGAGGACCACGACUCUUCUCAGUCCGUGAGCCCGACCUUUGUUGUCCACAGUCCCGUCAACUCAGCCUCAGCAUACUCAGCACCUCUCCGCCGGUGCGUCAGGACCCCAGAGGAGCCUUUCCGUUUCCAAAAGCGACACCAGUCCCCGGGGUCGUGAAGUCGCUUGUGUGUGUGAACCCUCUUCUACCCAGGGACGCACAGAAAGACCCGCCGCCCGCCUGAGCCUCAACUCCACCUGGAUAGCCGACUACAGCCGUCCCGGUUUGAGCUUCAGUGCGGAGAGACGGUGAGGAGGAGAGCUUAGUGCGGAACGGAGCAGGAGCGAGACGCGGAGCAGAAGACAGGAUGAAUCUCAAGAGUCAUCUGAUUUUCACCCUCUACACUAUUUACGGGAUUCUUCUAAAAGUGAUGGCUUCAAAAGGCAAAGUUCGAGGCGUCAGUGGUCAGUACCCUCUGGUUCAAAAUGUGACGGUGACGGAGGGUGGCACUGCUAACAUGACCUGCCGCGUGGAGUAUAAUGACAACACCUCCCUCCAGUGGUCGAACCCGGCACAGCAGACCCUCUUUUUCGGGGACAAGAAAGCUUUAAGAGACAACAGGAUUGAGCUGGUGCAUGCGUCGUGGUCGGAGCUGACCAUCAGUAUCAGUGACAUCACGCUGUCGGAUGAAGGCAUGUACACCUGUUCCCUCUUCACCAUGCCUGUCAGAACGGCCAAGGCUUACCUGACUGUUCUAGGUGUGCCCGAGAAGCCACAGAUCGAUGGCUUGACGAAGCCCGCCCUGGAGGGAGACCACAUCACUCUGACCUGCAUCACUCAGGGCAGCAAGCCCGCCGCCGACCUGCGCUGGUUCAGGAAUGAGAAGGAGGUCAAAGGUGCCAAAGAGGUGAAUGCAAGUGGGAAGACAUUUACAGUACGGAGCUCUCUCCAGAUGUACGUGGACAGAAAUGACGAUGGAGUGGCCUACACCUGCAAAGUGGACCAUGUGGCACUCACACAGACACCGCAGCAGGCCACUGAAGUACUGGAGGUCCACUAUGCUCCUCGUGUGGAGAUCAUCCGCUCCCUUACUGUUCCUCAGGAGGGUCAGUACUUAAAGUUGGAGUGCGUGUCCAUAGGAAACCCUUCGCCAGAUCCUGUGACAUGGACAAAAGACGGGGGUGAAAUUCCUGACCUGGACAGGAUGAUUGUAGAGGGGAGGGAGCUCACCUUUACCUCACUCAACAAGACAGACAAUGGCACCUACCGCUGCGAAGCCACCAACCACCUAGGGACCAGCAGUGCUGAAUAUGUACUCUACGUCUAUGACGUCCCCACCACCCUGCCUCCAUCCACCACUCCCCCCCUACAUCCCAUCCCUCCAGAUCCUACUGCACUAUUAGGCACCCACGCCUCAGACCCCACAGUCAUUGGCAACAGAGAUCCCAACGCUCUGGGGCAGCACGGCACUGACCAUGCCUUGAUCGGAGGAGUGGUGGCCGUUGUGGUCUUCGUCACCUUGUGUUUAAUCAUUGUUCUGGGAAGAUACCUGGCCAGGCAUAAAGGAACAUACUUGACAAACGAAGCCAAAGGAGCGGACGAUGCGCCCGACGCCGACACAGCCAUCAUCAACGCUGAGGGCAACCAUGCACAUGCAGAAGAAAAGAAAGAAUACUUCAUUUAGACUGCAGGGGGAGCUAUGCGGCUCUCUCUUUCUCCCGCUUUUCCUCUUUCGGUCUCUGUAUCUCUUUUUCUCUCUUUCUGUCUUGGCCCCUUUUCUUCUUCUCCACCUCUGACCACUGCCCCGUCGCAACCACCAGGAACCUGCAGGCAGUCCACAGAUAGAGAAGUUCCCUGAGUGUUAUUGCCUUUUUGUUGAGUCAAUUUCUUUCGCUUACACCUUGUCCUUUAUUUCUGUCUGUUUCUUUUGACAGCCAGUUUUCGCAGGCAGCUCCACCGUCGCUGCCAAAGUUUCACCCUUUGUCACAUUUUUCCUCAUCUCUUGACAUGAAUUCCUGGAAAUCUGUGUAUCUGCCAUGACUGCUUCUUACGUGUCCCCUCGUACGUCCUUCCCUCCCGAGCAGACAUCCAAACACACGUAAAAUCCCCUUUGUUCACACACACACACACACACACACACACACACACACACACACGUCCACAGACACAUAUCAUGUUUCACAUCAACACGGUGCCUAAAAAUACAGACGCCAUUGAACUUCUGUCAAUGCCUUCAUGUAUCGUCUGUCGGUAGCAAUGUAAAUGCUUCUUCGAUGGUUCACCAGACCAUCAUUUCAUUGCUUAACUCACAGCUUUUGAUUAUGCAUUGCAUCUUUUUAUUUGAAUGAAGAUCUGUGCUGUUUUUACGCCUUAUACAUGUCUAUCACACUGAAUAUGGUACUUUUAGACGCUCCACCUCCGCCGCCCCCCUGACCCCAUCCCCUCUAAAUCGACUUUGUAAUUAAACAGUUGACCCUUGUAAGAUAAGAAGAAGGUUUUGUGUGACACUGUAGUGAGGUUUGUCAGAUGCGUGUAUAAUAUGAUUUUCAUUCUUAGGGUAGGGUUAAUAAAAAGGUAUUGUUGGUAUUGUUUAGAGCAGAGAAUACACACCAAAAAUAUAUGAAGGAUACUAGACGAAGCAUUCCAUCAAAUAAACUCAAUCAACUAUAUAUAUAAAAAAAAAAAACAUUCGCUAAAUCUGCUGUCGCUAUGUACUUUUGUCUGUAUAUUCCUGCACUGUCCAGGCUGCAGUUUAGCGAAAACAUCUUCAGUGUCCUCUUGACAGCUUAACAGUAGUUUGUUGUUCACAUCAAGGGUUCAGGUGUAUCAAUCUCCUCUCUAAAAGCUGUACAAAUUGUACAAAUUGUUUUGGAGUGAGUUUAGCUUUUCACUUUUGAAGACUUGUUUUUGUUAAUGUGACAAUUUUGUAAGCCUGAAGGACCCCAUGAAAUGUGAGGUGAACCAUCUAGAGAUAAUACAGGCUGAAGAACACAAUCCCAGGAUGUGCAGGAGUGUUGAUGUUGAAUAAAAGCUAGGGUUGGUAAUCAUGGACAAGCUAGCAAGAGCAGGCUAAUGCAACUGAUCCUUUCCACCCCCUCUCAUCUGCCCUAACGUUUACCACAGAAUUCAAUCCAUGGCGGUAACGGGUGUACACGUGCACACGCACGAAGGUCAUUCUCACGCGCAACAGAUUCCGAGUGACAGGUACACAGACUAAAGAGUGAUAAAUUCUUGUUUGAGAGAAAGAUCUACAUUGCAGAUGUCUGCGUGGAUGGUAAAAAUGUUAUGGACCAUAGUGCAAGCAUGAGGCACGAGUGAGCAUGCAUCAAAUUGCGCUGCACACACAAAGUUACAGAUCUCUUAUGUUAUUAUUAGAAAAAACCUUUUGGUUCAUUAUGAAAAUGUGGCGUGAGAAAUUAGAAGAUGACGGGCUGCCAGUUUAGAUAUUUAAUGGAAACACUGCAUCUAAGCUGCACCCCCAAUACAUGAACACGCACUGCCGGACAACUGUUAGAAGCCCCUGUCUCCAUCACUCCCUAACCUUUAGCCUGUCUGCCUCAGUGGCAUAUGUCUCUCACGCUAAAGACUCCAGUCCCUAAUGAAAUUGUCGUGUUUAUUAAGGAUAUUGUAAUUUCAGUAUUUUUAGAUGUUGAUUUCCAUUUCAUGGGGUCUUCAGCUAAAAGAAAGAAAAAGGAAAGAAAAAGUAGUGUUGCUGAGUGUUGGGUCAUAGAUGUGCAGGGGCCUCCUUUCCAAAACUAGAAACUGAAGAGAAAACAGAGAAGCACAAAUGUCUGAAUGAGUAACAGUGAUACUUUUACUACAACUCUAAUGGAAUGGGUCAUGGAAAGAUGACAAGGCUGUUUGAUUUAGUUCUGAUCAUUUAUUUUAGUUCAUACAGUGCAUCUUUUUUAUAAGUGUAAGCUAAAUCAUGUUUUUUUUUAAUUGAAAAAAAAUGUUUUUAAUAUUUUUGGUUGAAGUGGUUUUUAGCUCCCUGCUGUAUAUUGUGUCUGCUAAAAAUGUGGUUGAUUGUGAAAAUUGCUGUUCUGGAUUCUGGAUUUCCGUAUUCCUUCAAAUUUGUAUAUUAGCCACCUUAAUCAGUUUUCUUAAUUUUUUUCAUGUUUCAUUGCAUAAUCCUUAUUAGAAAUCUUUUCAAAGAAAUGUAUUUUUGUUUGGCACAAGGCAUGUAUAUAAUGUGUGAGAACUAAAGUUUCGUAAUACACAUUAGCAUGUUUUUGUUUGGUUCUUUAUCAUCAUUAAUUUAUUGGAGCUGACGUCAUAUAUAAGCGAGAACCACAAUGUGAGUGUAUUUGUAACUUUGGAGAACGGUGGCUUCUUGUGUUUGUGGCAUGCUCUCACAGGUGCUGCACAUUUUAAAGGAUGGUGUUUUAGAAAAUAUGAUUAACCAAAAAAAAGAAAAUCAGUGAAAUGUGGAAAAAAAUUGUGUCCAGUGCAGUGGACUUUUGUCCACAGAAGAAAACCUGCAUCUGUUUGUACUUAAAUACUUAAAAUGCAAAUUGGAAAUGGAAACAUAUUGAAAGAAGGAUGAAGUUGCACACAUACAAAGAUAAAAAACCUAACAUGAUAUAUCUGAGGAAGCCGUUUGUUUUCCUUGUCCCAGUUCUGCGUCUUUCAUCACUUUGCAGGAAUUCGGCUGAUUUACACUCCUGUGCCACGAGUGAUAAACACUUUGGCCUCUGAAAUUAAAGACCUAAAUGCGAGGCGCUAAUUUUAAGGGAGCAAAUUAUUACCAAGGGCGAUAAAAAAAAACGUGGGUCCAGCUGUCUCCAAUUCAGUGGCCAAUUUACAACAUUAUGCAAAUGAGGUCAGCGAGUAAGCACUUGUGUUUGAACCCGAGUGGCACCGGAGCAAAUCAAGAGUCCUGAGUCAUUUGAUCCAUCUUCUCAAUUUUUUGCUUAUUGACACUUCAGUAAAGUUUUAUAUCACGUCUGUAUAGAUACAUCUAUCACAACGAUGCGAUGUCUUCUUUUCUUUUGUGUCUUAAAUUCACAUUUUUCACCGUUGCUUUACGUCUGAGUUAGGAGAGCAGCCGAAUGGACUUGUUGAUUGUGACGUCAGAGGAACAGGAAGUUUUGUAUUUAAUGAACACUCACAAAUAACCAGGUCUGCAGUGAUGAAAUGAAACAGGUGCCAUUUACUGACAUUAUGCACCCUGACUAAUUUGAUGGGUAUUCUUUAGUAGUGAAAUUUGUUUCUUUCUGAAAUCCCUUUGUAAAUAUGUGUUUUCAUGACAGUGAUGAGACCAAACCUGAAUCUUUUUAUUUUGAACCGCCUGGCACGCACCAUCCAUAUAUUUUACUAUGAUAGAAUCUACUGUAGUUCUGUCACAUCUUGGGGUCAGUUAUUCAUCAUGUUUCCUUGCUGACGUGAGUUCAAACUAAGCUUUAAACUUGUUGCCUCAUUGAUUUCCUCUGUGUAUCUGUUAGAACAUCGUGGGCCUCUAAUUUCUUCCCAGCGGCGAGACGGUGGCAGCACUGACUCAGUCACGCUGGCAUUUUUAUUGGGCACGAGUUUGUUCUUUAGACUCGUCUCAGGUUAAUUUCCUGCUUCCAAAUGAAGCCACUUUCUUCAGCUGAAUGUGGGAGUGACACAGAUAAGGUUUCUGCAGAUUGAGCCGUGCACACCGGCAUUUCUAAACACAGUCUUGAAUACACAUAACACAUCUUUUAAAGCAGUUUGUAAUGAUAAUUGAUUCAUAGGUUAUGUGGUAUUAAUAGAUAUUUCUAUUUUGGCGAAUUAAAAGCUGCCGUCACCAUACAGCUGCAGGAAUCAUGUGCAUGCUCCAGGCAACAGACAACAACAAUGAAAAUUAAUUUUGUUAUAGUACAAGUCGGUGUCAUAGUGCACUGAUAUCCUCACCUUGUAUAAUGAUUUACUUUUAUCUAAAGAAUGUGCUGCUUUGUUUAUUUGUGCCUUGCGACUGCAGCUCCGGUUUGCACCUUUCUUCUCCUCCCCCCUGUCUGCCGUUUUAAGAGCGACGGGAUGAGCUGGUGUGAUAAUUGAAGCUUGUCCAAACUCUACUUUGCUGAUGCUGCGAUGUGUAUUCAUCCUGCAGGAGCACAUCUGCUCCCAAAAUAUCGGAGUCAGUCAGGGACACACAUAAGUGCGAUCGGCUCCAGAGUUUGCACCAGCGCCUGCUCUUGUUCCCAGUUUGAGGAAAUUAGAGGCCCAUAUCAACUCCACUCAGAAUCCCUGAGUGUAGAGGGAUGCAUGCGGAUGUAUUGGCCAUUGUUUCUCUUUAACUGUACUAGUUCUACAUUUUAUUUUACCUCAUGCUUUUAAUGGUUCUGUUCAGUGCUGAUAUCAUGACAUGGCUCAUUCCCGUCCUGUCUCUGACCUGUCAUAUGUCUCUGCUGUACAGUUCGGCUUUAGCACACUGCAAUAUUGACACUAGAAUCAAUCAGCCCCCAAUCUCCAUAUUGUCACAAUGAUGACAUGAUUAUAUGUUUCCUUUUUUUUGCAUCUCAGGAAUAUUUUUCAUUCAGAGAUUUAGUUUUAUUGUUUUAGCUAGAGGGUUCUGUGGGCAGUUGUCCCUCUGCUCGUCCCUGUGAUGCUGACACCACCGUGUAUUUCUUGACUUUAAGAUCAUCACGAUGUUAAUAAAGAUUAUUCAGUGAUUCUUCAGUAAAUCUGUCAUUGGGAAAAUUAAGACUCAAGAAGCAUUUUUUUUUUAUAUGACCGCCGACUUGAAAUACUGAGAUUUAGAAAUAUGCUGCAAAUGAUCACGAGUUUCGUUAACGAUAGGAGUUGUGUUUCCACACGAUGUUAGCUGAUUUUAGCUUAUGGUAUGUAAGCAGUUCAAUGCUGUUGUCCUCUUGUUUCUUCUUUUUUUCUUGUAGCGACACACAUCUUUAUGUACAUGGGUUUUUAGAUGGAAGGAGUUGUAGUGCACUAUCACUCACUGAAUAUAAAAUAUCCACAGUAAAGUUCAGGAUUAGAGCUAUAGACACGUUAGUUCAGCUUCUGAUGUACCUUUGGUGAAAUAAGAGGGUUUUCAUAUCAAGCUGUACUAAGAGGGCUUGACUCGAUAUAUAGCACCAUGACGGAGGUGUUUUUUCUCCCAUUAUCUGUGGGAUUUAUGAUGUUUAAUUUAGAGGUUCGUUCUCAUGUAUAAAAUGGAACUUGUUGAAUAAAUAG